AUGCCGAAACUAGCUGGAAAGGAAGUCGGUGAGGUGGGCUUCGGCCUUAUGGGUAUGAGAUUUCUACACAGCAUGAAUAGGAGAAUGACAUGGCGGCAGAGCCCACCACCCGCGUCGCAGAGCAUCGAAGCUAUGAAGACCGCGCUCGAGCACGGCUCUAACAACUGGAACGGCGGCGAGUUCUAUGGGACGCCUGAGCGCAACUCGGGACAUUUGCUCAACGAGUACUUCACCAAGUAUCCUGAAGAUGCUGACAAAGUGGUCCUUUCCAUCAAGGGCGGCAUGGUGCCCGGGGAGAUGAGGAUCAGUGGCAGCAAGGAGAACAUACAGCGGAGCAUCAAUGAGACACUGCGCCUGCUGGACGGCAAGAAGUUUCUCGACCUCUUCGAAUGCGCGCGCGUCGAUCUCGAUGUGCCCAUUGAAGACACCGUCAGCUUUAUCGCCGAGUAUGUCAAGGCAGGAAAGCUCGGCGGCAUCAGUCUGAGCGAGGUCAGUGCGCAGAGUAUCCGCAAGGCACAUGCGGUGCAUCCUAUCGCAGCGGUGGAGAUGGAGUUCUCAAUGUACUCAACCGAGAUUCUGGAGAACGGCGUGGCUUCGACGUGCGCAGAGCUUGGGAUUCCCAUCAUCGCGUACUCGCCCAUGGGACGCGGCUUUCUGACUGGAAAGUACAAGAAGUUCGACGACCUCGAGCCCGACUCGAUGCUCCGCCAUUUCCCGCGCUUCCAGCCCGAUGUGUUUGACGAGAACCUCAAGCUAGCCGAUUCAGUCGCCGAGCUGGCGAAGCAAAAGGGCGUCACCUCAGCUCAGAUCGCGAUCGGCUGGGUCUUGUAUCAGAGCGGCAAGCCGGGUAUGCCAACGAUCAUCCCGAUUCCGGGUGCUACGACGUCGGAGAGAGUCAAAGAGAACUCGAAGCCUGCGAAACUGAGCGAGGCGGACUUCAGAGUGCUACAGGAGCUGGUGGAUAAGUUCCCGCCCACAGGAGGCAGGUACCCAGCGAUGAUGGAGAGCUCUUUGACUGUGUAGGUGGGAGGUGCGAUAUCUGUAAAAGUUCCGUGGUCAGCGUGUGCGCCAGUGCGGAAGUAGUUGCAAUCGUGCAAUGUACGAAACAGUCAAAGUCAGAUAAAAUGUAGUGUAUAGGCUAAUCUGCAUGCGGAGUUGCUGUGAGGCAAAACCCUAUGUAUUGCAGAACCAUU